AUGAUAAAUCUCAAGGGAUCCAGUUUCUCAUCCCUCAGCAAGGACAAUGAGACUAUUGCCGUUGUUAGCACGUUGAGAGAUAUCGAGGCAGUCACUCUCUCAGUGUUCGAAUCACUCCUGUCCUUCAUCUCUGGUCCAAAUUCAAGGCCAAGCAGCAGCUGGUUAUUGGUUGCCAAGAUUAUUCACACCAAAAGAGUAGCUUGUGAGGAAGAAACAGAAGCAAAUGAAUUUGCCCAAGUGGAUGCGGCUCUGCAAUCACUCAUUAAGACAAGCAAAUCUGACCACAAGAAUGCAGACAACCAGCUCGACAAUCUGGAGUCAUGCAUUCAAGUUCAGGAAGAACAACUUCACUGCUUAUUUAGGCAGAUGAUUAAAACAAGAGUCACCCUCCUCAACAUCCUAAACGACUAG